AUGGAGGGCAGAGGGGUGAAUGAGGCCACGAAGUGUCGGCUCUUCCCGACAACCCUGAAGGGCGUUGCAUUGAACUGGUUCAAGCGACUGAGCCCCGAGUCUGUCGGCUCAUUCUCCGAACUACGUCGGGCCAUCCUGGACAGGUACAUGAUCAUAUCAAGCCGACUAUACAUGGCCAAUUACCUCUCGGCCGUUCACCAGAAGACGAACGAGUCCCUCCGGGAUUACAUCACCCGAUUCAACAAUGAGUACGCCCGGUGCGAAGGAUGUGAUGAGGCCACCGCCCACAACACCCUCAUGGGAGGCCUCUAG